AUGUGUAAGACACGCAUUUUGACUUCGUCUUCCAUCGUUCAUUUUUUCAGCUGCUAGUUACUUGGAAGCAAGCAUAAGAAAAUGAUCAUAAUGAUCAAACCAAAAAAACCAUAUGUCACUACAACCUUAUAUUUAAUGCUCCAUAGCCGUCUGAAAACGACCCUUAUUAUCAUCAUCAUCAUCACAUCUUGUCUUUUCUAUAUUCCACAUAUUAUUGUCACAAGAAAUAUUCAACCUUAUGUUUUACCCUUAUGGUUAUUCAAAGUCAAUAACAAAGAUUCAAGAACAAGAGAAAAGAGAAAGUGGGGUGGUGUUAGUUAUUCUUUGCUAUUUCUGUUUGUUUCUCUCAAAAGUUCUUAACUUUGAAAUUUUGACUAUGUUGGGUCUUUGCUGCUGAAAGUGUCUGAGAAUUUCUCUGCAGUUUUUAUAACAAUAAGGAAAACAUGGAAAAGAGGGAAUUUUCUGAAUUGCUGUCGAAGAUGAAAGUUUUGACCGAUGAGGUUGUUUCUUUUGCUAAAAAUUCUGAAAUUGAGGUAGAGGCUUUUUCUGAGUUUGGCAUUUUGGUUGAGAAAUUGCCACCAAUCUUGAAUGAAUUGAGUGAUAAUAGCACUGUUUUGGACAAGCCAUCAAUUCGAAAAUCGUUGGAAUCUCUUGAGAAUGAGUUACGGCGUGCUAAAACUUUAACGAAAAGCUCAAAUUUGAGACACCCUAUUAAGCAAAUUGAGGACAUGACACAUGAUAUCGGUCGGUCGUUGGGAGUUUUGCUUGUUGCAAGCCUUGAAGUUUCCAUUGAUUUUAGAGAAAAAAUUGGUACAUUGCAAAGACAGAUGAUGAAUGCAAGAUUUGAUGGUAGUUCAAGUAUCACUUCGAGUCCAAAAUCGGAACUUUUCGCGAAUGAAACGAAGACAGUUUGGGAAAUAGAAGAGGAAAUCGUUAAUGUUUCCAUUGAUGAUGUUAUUUUGCAACUUAAGAAUGGUAGUGACGAAGAAUUUGCAGUUUCACUUCUGAGACUAAAGGAGUUCAUGAGAAAUGAAAAAAUCGACGGCGGUUUGAUUAAUGAGGAAGCAAUUAUUGCUAUUCUUUUCAAGCGUCUAGUUUCGUGUAAGGCAGACAAUAGGUUAUCCAUAAUUCAAUUGCUAAGAAGUAUUGCUUUUCAGAAUGACGAGAAAAAGGAAAAGAUGGUUGAGAUUGAGUUUUUAUCGGCAGUGGUGAAGUCUCUUACGAGGGAUUCAGAAGAGAGGAGGGAAGCAGUGGGACUGUUGCUAGACCUCUCUAAUGUUUCAGCAGUUCGAAGGCGGAUCGGAAGAAUUCAAGGGUGCAUCGUUAUGUUGGUCGCCAUCCUUAAUGGAGAUGACCCUGUUGCUUCACAUGAUGCAGCAAAGUUAUUGGAUAUUUUGUCUAGUAAUAACCAAAACGCACUUCAUAUGGCCGAGGCUGGCUACUUUAGGCCACUAGUUCAGUAUUUGAAGGAAGGGUCUGACAUGAACAAGAUUCUUAUGGCAACCGCACUUUCCAGGUUGGAACUCACUGAUCACAGCAAACUUACCCUUGGAGAAGAUGGAGCGGUCGAGCCCCUUGUCAAAAUGUUUAUCACUGGAAAACUUGAAUCCAAGUUAUCAUCGUUAAACGCACUACAAAAUCUGUCUACCUUGACCGAGAACGUGCAACGUUUAAUUCGAUCAGGAAUCACAGGAUCUUUGCUCCAACUUCUUUUCUCUGUAACAUCAGUUCUGAUGACUCUAAGGGAGCCUGCAUCGGCUAUUCUUGCCAGAAUUGCUCAGUCCGAAUCUAUUCUCGUCAACGAAGAUGUAGCUCAACAGAUGCUUUCACUUUUGAAUCUUUCAAGCCCUAUAAUUCAAGGUCAUCUAUUAGAAGCUCUAAAUAGCAUGUCUUCUCAUCUUGGUGCAUCCAAAGUGAGAAGAAAAAUGAAGGAAAAAGGUGCACUUCAACUUCUUUUACCCUUUCUUAAGGAAAGUAACACCAAUAUCAGGUGUAAGGUCUUGAAUUUGCUAUGCACACUCUCUAAAGAUAUAACCGAUGAGUUGACCGAAUAUCUUGACGAAACUCAUCUUUUCAACAUCGUUAAUAUUGUCUCAUCAUCCACAUCAGAGAGCGAAAAAGCAGCUGCGGUUGGCAUACUGAGUAAUCUUCCUGCUAGCGAUAAAAAAGUAACUGAUAUACUAAAGAGGGCAAAUUUGCUACCGAUUUUGAUAUCCAUUUUAAAUACUAGCAAUGCAAGUAAAUCGCCAGCAGCAAAUAGCUUAACCGAGAAUGCUGCCGGUGUUAUAAACCGCUUCACCAAUUCAAAUGACAAGAAACUACAACUUGUUUCAGUACAACACGGGGUGAUUCCUUUGCUCGUUAAAUUGCUCUCAACAACUUCACCAAUCACAAAAUCAAGGGCUGCAAACUCUUUAGCUCAAUUAUCACAAAAUUCUCUUUCUCUUAGGAAAUCUAGAAAGGCAAGGUGGUUAUGUGUUCAACCUUCAUCAAAUGCAUAUUGUGAAGUUCAUGAUGGAUAUUGCUUUGUAAAUAGCACAUUUUGUUUGGUCAAAGCAGGCGCCAUUUCUCAACUUAUCCAAAUAUUGGAAGAUAAAGAAAAGGAAGUAGUCGAAGCUUCUCUUGUUGCGCUUUCGACUCUUUUGCAAGAUGAAAUUUGGGAAGGUGGUGUGAGUUUCAUUGAGAAGUUAUCAGGUGUGCAGGCUAUUAUAAAAAGUCUAGAAGUUGGUGAUGCAAAGGUUCAAGAAAAAGCACUAUGGAUGUUGGAGAAAAUAUUUAAGGUUGAAGAACAUAGAGUAAAAUAUGGUCAAUAUGCUCAAGUGGUUCUUAUUGAUUUGGCACAAAAAAGUGAUUCUAGAUUGAAGUCAACAGUUGCAAAAGUAUUAGCAGAGCUUGAGCUUUUGCAAGCUCAAUCAAGUUACUUUUGAAACAAGCCUUUCUCUAUGAGAAUUAAUAUUAUGGCAGUGAUUUUUGUUUUGCACUUCAUUCAUUUUUUAUGAUUAAAUAUGAUUUUACUCCCUAAUAAAUAAUAAUUUUUUA